UACUAGUUCCUUCGCCGUGAAUGGCAUUAGUCUUCUUCUUAUCGGCCUGAAGUUCUUUCUCCUGAAUUAUUGUGAAUAUAUUUUGUGUUCUGGAAUGUUUAAAAAAAAAGUAAGUGUUUGAAAUAAUAGCAGCAUGCUGCCACCAAACACCUGCCGAACUUGCGCUCUGCAAAACCCCGAUUUGCAGCCGCUGUCCGCUUGCUUGGAAAAGGACGCCAAUAAGAGUUUCUACGAGGUGCUCCACGAACUGACGCAAAUCGAUCCCCUCCAAGAAAGCUUGGACUCCAGCCUACCUCAGCAUUUGUGCACCCAUUGCUUGAAAAGAUUGGAGAAUGCAUACUCUUUUGUGCAGCAGGCCAGAAAAGUGAACGGAGAGCUCUUGGUUCGGUUGAGGGAGUGCCUUGAUGAAUCGCCCAUAGACAUACCCCAGGAACAAAAAAUAAAAACUGAAGUUGCAGCGGAUCCUGACGCAGGAAUUGAGGAUGCGGAAGCACUGGACAUUCCAGCGGUGGAAUGCAAGUGGGAUGCGGAAAGUGACACCGAUAUAAGGGAAAAUCCCGUCACUGCGAGCGAAACGGAGGAAGUCGAUGAAAAGCCGUAUCAACUACGACGAAGUGCCCGGAAAGUCAGGCUACCAACAGACAGUGAAAAUGAGGACGUUAACAUCAGCGAACAAUCUCCGGUGAAACGCCGACGGGGCCGACCUCCUGGCAAGGCCAAGAGCCAGUCGCUGACGGCCGAUGGUCGGUAUGCCUGCCAUGCGUGCGGAAAAAGUUUCUCCUGGUACCGCGACAUGCAGCGUCAUUCACGGAGCCAUUUCGAUAAAAAUAGUUUCGUGUGCAGAACAUGCGGGAAGGGAUUUCUGCGCAAGGACAAUUAUGUGUUUCAUCUUCGCAGCCACGACAAAAAAGUGGCUAAGCAGGAGUCCUCAAAGCUGGGCAACGAGUGGCUCUUCGCCGACCGCUUGUACUCUUCCAGCAACCCUAAAAAAAUCGAAUGCAAACUGUGCAACAAUAAGUUCGAGAGAAUUCAAGAUCUCAGAUGUCAUUUGGACACUCACAUAAGCAUAGACAGUCUUCACGCCUUAUUGCCGGACAGCGACGUGGUUCGAGAGCAUUACCAAACACAGUCUGGCGACUUGGAGGAAGUCAAGCAAAUUAUCGUAGCAGAUAUAGCCAAGGGAGUUUUAGAGAAGUUUGCAUCGGUCGUCAAUUUCCAUGGCUAUGAGCUGGACAUUAAUGACUCCGAUGAGGAGAGCCCUCUAGGCGAUGAAAAAUACGUUUGCGAAAUGUGCAAUGUGGGAUUUGCUCGCAAACACCGUCUAGUGAGGCACACGCUGGAGGAGCACGCCCCGACAUGGACAGAGGAGCUUCCUUGGCAACGCUGCAGCUUCUGCAAAGUCAGCUUUCUCUGCUCGACUGUCUACAAUCAGCAUUUGCAGUACCAGUGCCACAACAAGCUGAAGAAGUACAACUGUCGAAAGUGUCCUGGAAAGUUUAUGUGGCUGGAAAACCUAGAGAGACACGCUUGCUCUCAUCGGACGAACCUGGAACGUCACAUCUUCUGUACUUUAUGCGACGCUCAAAUGCCCAGUCUAGCAAAGCUACGCAUCCACCUCGUUCGCCACCAAAAAGAUUCAAAAGACUUCAUUCCUAAACUCCAGUCUAUGUUCUUCCAAUCCUUCUAUCCCAAUGGCUUGGAAUGCACACCCUCAGAACUGAGUGCUCGUAUUAUUGAGGACUUUGAAGUCCAAGAUUUCGACCGCUAUUACAAUGCUGCUACCUCCAGUGGUCGCGAGUUGGACAUAUUCGAUUCAGAAACUGAGGAGUCGGAAGCAGAAGAUGGCGAAGCGCCGCACCAUAUGUGUGUUCUUUGCGGGAAAGUGUCAAAGAGGCUUUUGGUUCUGCUCCAGCACCAGAAAAGCUUUCAUUCUGAGAAAUUAAGUGCCUUGCCAUUCUCUUGUGAAGACUGCGAAGAAGGAUUUGUGUGCGGCGCACUUCUUCAAAAGCAUCGCAGGCGAUGCAGGGCAAUCAGACAUUCAAAGUUCCAUUGCCUAGACUGCAAUCAACAUUUCUUGUGGCACAGCAACUACGAGCGGCACUUACAAGCGCACCAUGACCAGGAAGCGAGUCUGGAGACGAAGGAAAGUCGGUUGUCGAGACCAGGCUCAUCGGCAUCCAAGCUGCAGUGUGAUGAGUGUGAAAAGACUUUUAUUUGGCACAAGGACCUAACCCGCCACAAGCGGAUGCACCAGGCAGAAGUGAAGUAUAAGUGCCCACACUGUGAUCGCAAGUUCCACCGCAAGGAUAAUCUUAAGUCUCACAUGCGGGUGCAUGCGACAGAGCAACAUUCGGAUCAAUCGGCAGAGCACACAUUGAAUGGAGUUGAUACUGCUCCUUCCAUUUUGGCCCAGCUAUGUCGUCCCCACGGCUGCAAGCAGAUCCAAUGCAUGAUCUGCCUCUCCCGCCACUCCAAAAUUUCAGAUCUCCGGACGCACCUCGCAUCUCACAAGUACUCAGUGACUUUCUCCGACCAUAGAGACAUUACCAGCGCAUCAAAGUCUAUGUAUCCAGAACUACCCGCCCCCUUAGACCGGCUUCAAUUGGCAGAGAGAAUAAUGGCUGAUGUGGAUAAAGGAUGCAACCUAGACAGAUUUGUUUCCAUCGCCAACGAAGCAGGCUUGGAGUUGACUCUGGAUAGCAGUGAGACUGAUACUGAGUCGGACCAAGAAGAGAAUCAUUCCACUCACACCUACUCCUGUCAAACCUGCGGACUGCAGGUAAAUCGAAAAUACCAGAUGUAUGCCCACCACAUGGAGAAGCACAAGGGAGAAGAGAGUCCUCUCUUUUGCUCGCAUUGCCAAACCAGGUUCCUUGAUAAGGCUCUUCUGGAACACCACUCCCGAACUCUUUGCCGAAACUCCCAGAAACGAUUCCAGUGCCGCAAGUGUCCGCUUCGAUUUCGUUGGCGCGAUAACUUAAAAUUGCACAGCAAUGUGGGCCACCAGCAGGAUGAGACUCCAGCUGAAGGAAAAUCCGUUUCCCCCCAAGGCGACGGCGAUCUGCACUGUGAACAAUGCCAGCGAAGCUUUAAGAUGCAGAAGGAUCUUACGAGGCAUAACUUGAUGCAUAACCAGGAGUCCAAUAUAUAUCGGUGUCGGUGGUGUGCCCGCCGCUUCUACCGUUGGGCCAAUCUUCUUCAGCACAUAGUACGCCACGGUAUCCGGGCCAACCAAUUGCCCUAUGCUGAGGCUCUUCUCGACUCAUAUGGACAUCCUGGCGGUAACAAGAUCAUCGAAUGCCGCGUGUGCUGCGUGAGUUUUCCUACAAUUGCUGCCCUGCGCCUGCAUCUUGAAACCAGCCCGGUGGGCACUCACCAUGAGCUCUUGUCGCUCCAGAACUACUCUAUAACAAAUCAGAUGGGCUACGAGCUUACACUGGAGGACUCUGAGACAGAUGAGGAGGGCUGUAAACCACCAGGAGCUCCGGCGUUUUAUACGUGCGGCAUGUGCCAACUGCGUUGUGUUCGGAAAUUCGAGCUUCAACAACAUCAGCAGGCCAUGCACCGAAUUGAAAAGAUUCCUGACGGCUGCGACAACUGCAUCUUCAAGAGUGUGUGCCCAGAACUGAUUGCCCACCAUGUGAGGACGCAGUGUGGCAACCAGCAAAAACAUUUUACAUGCGCGCGAUGCGGAUAUAAGUUUAUGUGGGAAUCCAAUCUGUUGCUUCAUAUGCAACUGCAACACGACAAAAAGGAAGAUGCAGCGCAGGACCCUGCUAUUCCCGAAUCGUCUGAUGAGCCGUACAAAGCUACAUGCCAAAUCUUUCAAUGUGGUCUCUGUCCCCGAAAGUACAACCGCAAGGAUCGACUGACGGCGCACGUUAAAAAGUUUCAUGGACCCAAUGUGGAGAAGACACCCAUCCGGCCACCGAUCUCAGAGCCCAAGGAGCCGAAACGAUUUUUAUGCGCUUUUUGUGGCAAGGCCGUUAGCUCGUCCUCAAACCUAAUCAUCCAUAUGAGGCGCCAUACCGGUGAGAAGCCCUUCAAGUGCGAUUAUUGCGAUAUGGCUUUCCCUCGAUCCUCAGAUCUCCAGUGCCAUCGGAGGACGCAUACUGGGGAGAGGCCGCACGUGUGCACAGUAUGCCAGAAAGGAUUCGCCAGAUCCUACAAAUUGCAGCAACAUAUGCGUAUCCAUAGCGGGGAGAGGCCCUAUAAGUGCACCUACUGCGAGAAGAGCUUUACACAGUCCAACGACUUGACCCUCCACAUCCGGCGGCACACAGGUGAACGCCCGUACCAGUGCGGCGUCUGUGGGGAUCGGUUCAUCCAGGGUACCGCUUUAAAAAAUCAUCGCCUCCAACAUGGUCACCACGAGGAUAGCGCCACUGCCCAGGGCUCGGUAACAGAAGGUACAGCAAGGCGUACGGUCCUAGAAAAGUUUGCUGCCUAAAAGGGAUAGAAGAAAAAGGAUCUAAUCACACAUUGGAUUAUCUUAAUUAUUUUUAUAUUUCUUUUUCAAAAUUUUAUUUUUGUAAAUUAGUUGUAAGCUUUUAUUGUUAUAUUAUUUUCCCGCAGGUGAAUAUUGAAAUACAGUUUCGAAGACUGGCCAGGCACGUGCCUGGUCACAUUGUUUAGUUAAGUUUGAGGAAGAAGUGCGACCACUCUUCAUUGCCAACCAUCUUUUAUAUUGUAUAUUUAUUCGAAAACAGCUGAAGUGUGGUCACACUAAAUUAGAAGAAAGAUUGGGAUCUAACUAUAUACAUAUAGUAACUCCUUUUAGUUGUGUAUUUUGCCGUUACGAAUUUUGUAGCGCAAAUUUUUUUUAAAUAAAAUUUUCAACUGACACUGGA